CCUCUGGUUGUCGAAGGCCACGAUCCGGUUUCGACUGCCCCGGGGCGCCCUCCCCUUGCGCUUCCCACCGACGUCUCUUCAUUUGUGCAGCGCUCAUAUUGCAACAUGGCGGCUGCACACCCUGAAGUCUACGACCUCCUCGUCGUCACCGACGCAACCCAUUCCAUGAAAUACUUCCUGCAGGCACUGAACAGCUCGCUGAAAGACGUCAUUCGCAUUUCAGCUGCCACAGGAUGUUUCUCUCGCAUUGGCGUCCUCGCUUACCGAGACUACGACAAAAGAAACGCCCACGUUACCGAGUGGUCGGGCUGGUACAGCCGCGAAGGCAAUACGGAGGCGGGGAUCUCCCGCGAGACAUUGCUCUCCUUCGUCAACAAUCUCAGCUCUGGCUCCGGGUAUGACUUCCCAGAGGCGGCAAAGUCCGGCCUUGCGCACGCGUAUCAGGUCAUGCGCCGGGACGCGAAGACAAUCAUCCUCCUGUUCGCCGACGCGCCCCCACACACGGAGCCGUUGGCCGGGCUAUGGGCAACGGAGCAGAGGGAGCUCCUCAGGAACGCCAGUUUUGGGGAGACCGGCAAGCGGUUUGCCGACUGGACUUCUGCCGCCAGCACGCUGAGCCGAGGUGACAAGCGGGCCCAGGUGUUCAGCAUCAUCGCACUUCCCCAUCGUUUGGGGCCGCAGACAAGCUCGAUGUUCACGUACCUUUCGGCGCGUACCGGGGGAGCGUGCAUAGCCUUCAGGGGACGCACGCCGACAUCCGAUGUCAUCUCCGAAGUGACGGUCUGCCUUCUUCUCGCGUGGAUGGGCGCCGGCAAAGAAGGUGCUACGCUGAAGACUGAGAAAAUCGUUGAUCUAGUACGCUUUGUCGAUGUCAGUGGCAUCGAGCAGAUACGAUCGGAAAGGGACCCGCACGGCGCCCAGUACCUGUUGGUUUCUGACGAGCAUCACGACAGAAAGGCUCUGGAGAUUGUGGAGAGGAACAUGGAGUACUCCCCUCUCUCCCUUGAGACGAUGGCCCAGAUCAUCCCACGCCGUGAACACCCGGUCAUGGGCUUCGCCAUGCGAUACAAGGCUGACCCCGAGUACCAAGCGGUUGUGAUUGAACAGCUGUCCGAGAUCAUCGAGUCGGAUGUAUCUGCCCUCGCUCUCAAUCCCGUCUUCGGUUCACUUUGGCGCACCGUCUGCAACGACCGGCGAAACCCUGCCCGCGACAAGCUCCUCGCUCGGUUCGGUUUCCAAGUGGAAAGAAUUGGGGACGAAGCGAAGAAGUCGCGCAUGAAAGCAUGGCUGGAAGAAUCAUACGACUAUGUGGGCGAGAUUCUGGAAACCAUCAAGUCGGUUCCGGAAGGGGCGCGGUAUCCUUGCGUGUUUCUCGACCCCACCGUCCGCUUCAUGCCGGCAGCAGGAGAUGGUGUUGGUGACACCGAUGAGUCCAUGGAAUUCACCCGCGACGAGCUCCUGGAGAUCGGACGGUCGUGCGAUCCCCGAAUCCUCCGUCGCCUCGGCCGCAUCCUCACCCGCCUGACUUACGUGACUUCGCAGGACCAGCUUCCUGCCCAUGUCAGGGAUGUCCCAGAGGAGGAAGUCCCCAGAAUUCCCAUGGCGCUGGCGCAACCCGAACACAAGCGCAAAUUUUGGCAGGUCCUCCUGCAUGUCGUGGUGCCGGGCACGAUGGUGACUGCGCGGCCCGCGGCCUUGUUAGCGGCUCUCAGCCUUCGGAUGGGGAUCAAACCCCUCGAGGAGGUCGCACACAGCGAGCUAAUGGCCUUUCGUGACAAGUGGAACACGCUAGAGAUUCCGGAAACAUGGAACACUGCCUGCCUCACUCUCCUCCUUGAGGCCGACAAAAACCACACGCAGCUGAAGACCGAUGUGCACGCUGACGGAACCACCACCGUCCUGAAGGCCGAAGACCGCAGACUGUUCGAGGCCCUUGUCAAUUACAAACUGCUGGACAUGAACAUGGACACCACGCUCACAGCCAAGGUUGGGUGGACCCCUGACAAGAGCAAGAUGCCCCUGGGCCCCGUGGUGAUGUGCAGCAGCUGCGAAUUUCCUCGAUCGGUGACCAUCAUGGCCGAGGACGGGGUGUGUGGACUGUGCGCGGUGCAGUACGAGAGCAAGGACGCCCGCGCUGAAUGCACCACGGCUAAUGUAUCCAAAGCCGACAACAGCAGCACUCUUGCGACCUGGACCGAGUGCUCCAUGGCGGACUGCCGGGCGCAGUACGUGCUCUACAACCCGGGCCAGCUGAACGUGCGUCCGAAGUGCCACUACUGCCGGCAGGCGAGCGUUGUCUCUACGCAGGACCCCAGCUCCAGCCGCCUGCCCAAAUCUCCCUGCGUCACAUGCACACGCUGUGCCAACCGCAUCAUCUGGCCCGAAGCAUACCGUCCAGGGUCAUGGAACCCAGCAGACUUCAAGUGCCCCGGCUGCGAAACCAACCCAGACAGCACCAUUGCCACCGAAGAAGUCACGCCUCUCACCGUGGCCCGCUCCAACGGCACCGCCUGGCUGCUCCGCAACGACGACAACGCCAUCCCGGCGCCCCUCACCAAGCGCUCCGUCUUCCACACCGUCUCGACUCUCACUAUCGACCGCUCCCUCUUCGCCGACAAAGUCGAGGUCCUCCCAAAACUACAAGUAGUACCUCUAGCACAACAACCCGCCGCCGCCGACGACGAUGAUGAUGACGAUGAUGAUGAUCUGACUACUAGUACCCCCCUCCUCACCAUCCGCGGCAAACCCCUGCACAACACGCCCGCCCUCCUCGCCGAGCUGCGCAGCUGGGUGUCCGCCCGGCGCGUGCAGGCGGGCACCUGCUCGCUCUGCUUCCGCGACCGCGCCAAGCGCGACCUGCGCCUCGCGUGUGGCGGCCGCAGGGGGUGCCGGCAGAUGGUCUGCGCCGAGUGCGUGCAGGGCUGGUACGGGAUGAACAGGAUCGGGCGCAUCAUCAACCUCGCGGCGCUGUCGUGUCCGUUCUGCAGGAGACAGCCGACGUCGUCGUCGAAGGUCUCUUCGCUUCCCGGCGGGUUGAGGUUCCUUGGUGGGCUCCGGGACGCGGUUGCCGAGCGUGGGGAGUGGGUGUAUGCUUGGUGCGGCGGGUGUGGUAUGGCGAAGAGGUUUGCGGAGAGGGUAUGUGCGCGGGGCGCGCCCGAGGAGGUGGAGGAGUGGCGGUGCGAGGAGUGCGUGCUGGCUGCGGAGCAGACCGCCGGUGGUGGUGGUGGUGGACAGGGGGGGAUGGUGAUUAAGGAGUGUCCCUCCUGUGGUGUGGCUACCCAGAAGAUGGUCGGUUGUGACCAUAUCAGCUGUCCCUGCGGCGCCCAUUGGUGCUUCAACUGUGGCGUGCAGACAGAGGAGGGCGAGAUAUAUGGGCACAUGUCGACGGAGCACCGCACGUGGUAUGUUGACGGGAAUGGUGAGGACUUCGUCGACUACUACGACGACGAGGCGUACGAGUCGGAUUGAGAGGAGUCUAGGCCAAAGAGAGAGUGAGGUAUUGGGGUUCAGGGGAGAGGGUUGAGUCUACAUAUCAUUGGUAACCCAGUCAAGUUUGCGAGGCCAUUGCCUCUCUCCUAUCAUGUUACCCCCGGAAUCUUCAUAACUUUGAAUUCUUCAACAGCGAGAGUGCACGUUUGGAUGGGAACAGGAGUACGAGAUGGGGGAGGAAACGGUGACUGGCGUGUCCGGAGUGAUACGACGGGCAGCCAGCCCAAAGUCCGUCUCCGACGCAGGUCCCGGAGUUAGUAGUAAGAGUGUCGCUGCAACAGGGGCGCAAUAUACCCGGUCAGCUGGAAAUAGAUAGAUAGGUACUGUACAUGUACAUUUGCUGCC